AAGCGGCCUUUUCCUCGAUGAUGGAAGACGGCUCUUCUUCCCAAGAGGUUCUGUCCACACCUUUUUCGGCUCAAGAGGAAAAUCACGUUGACAAUGACUACGACCCGAAAGAUUUCGUUGUGCACAGAAACACAUUCAUCACAACCGAAGACUACCACUCCGAGGAUUCAACACUGCCUGGCAGCAGCCCUCAACCGCUGGUGCGCGAGGCCUCAAGCGACGUGUCGGACGACGACGAAGGCGACUACCAUCUGCCCUACGAGGAUGAGGAGGAGAUGCAGCAGCGAGGCUACGACUCUCGGCACCAUUAUGCCUUCUACCCAGAGGAGACCGAACUCGAGGUCAUCCCCGAGGAGGAUGAAGACCACGCUAGCAACUCCGACUGCUCGGACCCAAUGGGUGAGCGGAGUCGAAUGACUGAGCACGAUUCAGGCGUGACUGAUGAGCAACACAGCAGCGGCAGUGAUGAUGACCGGAGGCAUGGCAAGCGGUCAGAGGACACUGACAGUGGACUGCAUUCGCUUCCGUGGACACGAGACUGCGAUUCAUCGCGUGGGAGUCCAGAGACCAGCCCCGACACCAGGGAACGCCCCGAGAUCACACCCACCAAGCCCGAGCCAAAGGCCGAUCGAAGCUAG